UUCGUCAGCUCGUGGUGUGGGAGUGGUUGUCUAGGGAUGCAGACACCAGUAGCUAUCUUCACAAUAAUAACAACAACAACUAGAACCACAACUCCAAAACAAGCACAACCCGUAAGAUAAACGAUAACAUUCAAGGCUAAGCAUAACUUUUAUGAAGACAAAAGUACAUCGACCCGACGGAAAGACAUUUUGUAUAACACAUAGCAAUAAGAACGACAAUGCUUGAAUAAACGAGACUUUCAUGAAAAGACAACGCUUUCAAGAAUAGGCAUUGCUUUGAAACACAAAACGACAUUAACCCUGCUGGAACAAAAAUCGCAGAAAUGUAACAAUCUCAAGUGUCGGAUGUUAGCACGAAGGAAAUCCCACCACGUCUUCAAGCCAAGUCAAGGAGGGUUUGGGGCUUCCACCUUCCUACUGUUGUCUCCUCGCUCCAGACUUCAGAUAACAAUCGCUUCAGCAGGCGUGCAUGGCAGUUUGGUAAACUUGUCGUAACAGUACCACAAGCCAGCAGCAAGCAGCACCAGAGAUGGCUGUGGGAGGGCGGGAGGAGAGGACAGCCGUGGCAGGGGCGGUGCUGGUGGCGGCGGUGGGGGUGCUGAGCCUCUGCCACCCAACCUCCGCGCGUCAGGCACUCAAGGGUGACCCAGGCUUGCUAGGGGACUCCGGGCUUGACCUGUCCCGCUACGCCCCCUCUACGCAGGCCAAGUCUCGGGCCAAGAGGUACUUCCUGUCCUUCCCGUCCUCGUCCACCCUCACCUUCAACAACAGGAUCAAGGUGCCGCUCUUCAAGAAGUUUGACGACAACAUCAGUGGAGUCUUCAAGGGGUACAUACGCGUGGAGUACAAGCUGCCCAGUGAUCUCGUCACCCUGGGUAGAUCUGCCAUCGACGAAGACCGCUUCCACACCUACUCGUCUAUCGAAUCGGUGUUCUCCAAGCUGGGCGUCAACGGGCACCAGUGUCUGCUGAAGGCCAUCUGCGAGACUGCCGAGGAACCUGCCGAGGAUUACGGUCUGGUGGGCCAGCUGGUGGACCUCAUCCUGUCGCCUAACCAUGGGGCACAGACGGCGAAGGAGGCGCUGAGGGAGUACACGGCGGCGGAAAACUACGGUCGCGAGGUGGGAAACUGCGGCCUCGCGUACUCCGCCUGUCCGCUGCACCUGCCCGAGCUGCUGACCACGGGCCUCUCCGUCCUGCAGGGCUCCAUGGCUGGGCCGCAAGUCUUCUGAGCAAGAUUUGACCUAUAGUUUGCUUAGGAAUAUAAUAUCUUUUUACCGCUUUGAUGUAUUUGACCUUUACCAUAUUUAAAAUAUUAUCACUUAU